CUAUUUUUAGACCAAAGCCAGCUCCAACACGUACCAGCCACUCGCAGCGUGCAAGCCCGCCGCUGCCCCGCCCGUGCCAGACGCCAUGGACAUCGACCUCGACCGUGCGCGCGCACUGCGCGUCCUCGGCCGCGGCGCCAUGGGCACCGUGUUCCUCGUCGCGGAUGACCACCCCUCGGCCUCGCUGCCAGGCCGCUACGCCCUCAAGGUCUUCGACAAGCGCUCCGCCAAGCCCGACGCCGACCGCCGCGCGCGGUGGGAGGUGUCCGUGCUCUCCCGCCUCGCGCACCCGCACCUCCCGUCCCUCCUCGGCUGCGCCGAGACAGACGACCUCCUCGCCUGGGCCGUCCCCUACUGCCCCGGCGGCGACCUCAACGAGCUCCGGUACACGCUCCCCGACCGCGUCUUCUCCCCUGCCGCCAUACGCUUCUACAUUGCCGAGACCGUCUCCGCGCUCGCCGACCUCCACGCGGACGGCGUCGUGUACCGCGACCUCAAGCCCGAGAACGUGCUCCUCCGCGCCGACGGCCACGUCACGCUCACCGACUUUGACCUCUCCCGCCUCCUACCUCCCAGGCCCGCGGCGGCUUCCACGUCGCCGUCGCUGCCUCCGCUGCCCGUGUUCCGCGGCCACAACCGCCGAACGAGCGUCUCCGCGCGGAGCGACUCCGUUGUCGGCCAGGCCAAGUCCAAGCCGCAUGAAGCGCUCUGGUCAGCGGCCGCGUCGCCGAGGCAGCACCUUCAGAACUUGGUUAGGUUCCUGAUGGGAAGCGACGGGGCCGGGCUGGCCAAGAAGGCCAAGUCGGCGCGGGUGUCGCCGGUGAGCCGGAAGCCCGCGAGCUUCGUCUGCUCGGGCACAGCCGGCUCGUGGGGGAAGUCCUACUCCUUCGUCGGCACGGAGGAGUACGUGGCACCGGAGAUGGUACGCGGCGAGGGCCACGGGUUCGCCGUAGACUGGUGGGCCGUGGGUGUGCUCGUCUACGAGAUGGCGUACGGCCGGACGCCGUUCAAGGGGCAGAACCGGAAGGAGACGUUCCGGAACGUGCUGCAGAAGGAGGUCGAGUUCCCGGGUGACAGCCGGCGACGGAUGCCGGAGCUCACCGACCUCAUCUCGCAGCUGCUGGAGCGGGAACCGAGAAGGAGGCUCGGGUACGCCGGCGGCGCCGAUGAGAUCCGGGCCCACCCGUUCUUCGCCGGGGUGGCGUGGGACAUGCUCACCGAGCUGUCCCGGCCGCCCUACAUCCCGCCCCCCGCCGACGACGUCGCGGCCGGCGAAGGGUUCGACGUGAGGGAUCACUUCAAGAGGCUUCACCAGUCACCGCCGAAGGAAACGGAGACGGAUGCCUCGCCGGAGGUCUUGACGGAGUUCUAACGUGGCUGCUCCUCUUCUUGCAAGUUUUGGUCGUUUUGCGUUUUGAACCUCGGUAGGUUACUAUAUUGUAACGAAGGUAUCGAGACUUCGAGAGUGCAUGUACAUACACGGAGAGGGGGCUGCUGCUGUAAAUUUGACGUAGAUUUA